UUCCCAACCUCUGUCUGAGGAUUGUCCAACACCAGCUCUGGAAGUAUCUUGACAUAGCGCGAAAUGAUUUGGACAAGGUGAUCUUUAGGAACGCAACAACACCAGCAUUCGAUAUGUGGUCGGGUCUCUUCAUGCUGCUCGUCUUGAGCAUUAUCAUGGCAGUCGCUUCUUUCCUUGCCGGAUCUUUACCACUAUCUUUUUCUCUUUCCCAACGCCAACUACGAUUGAUCACGGCAAUUGGCACUGGUGUGCUCGUGGGAACUGCGCUUAUCGUUAUCAUACCCGAGGGUGUCGAAACAUUGUACAGCGCUCGCGAAGUCGGUCAUGCGCACGCAGCGAGGUCGAUAUUACCUAGGGGUCUGACUGGCCUACCCGAGCUGCCAACCCUCGCAUUGGCGCAUCACGAAUACUCGACUUCCUCGAACGUGUACACCAGAGACACCGACUUGACUGGACCCGAUGACGGACGCCCGGAGGACACACAAAGUCCCCCUGCAACAGAGCCUGAGCAGAAAGAGGAGGAUCAUGACCAUGAGGACUGGGAGCCCCACGCCUGGGUCGGAGCGUCCCUAGUCAUGGGCUUCGUCUUGAUGUACUUGAUUGAUCAGCUACCUCGUCAUGCCGCGGCAUCGUCGCAACCACAGAGAUUCCACAUAGCGCUGGAUCGCUUCAAUCUCCAAAGGUCUACGAAUCAAGCUUCUGAAUCAGAGGAUCCCGAUGCUAUACCACCAUCAGAUCCCAUGCAACAAUCGCGUCCUUCUUCGACAACUGUAGGGCUGGUCAUACAUGCUGCAGCAGACGGCAUAGCUUUAGGAGCCUCCUCAACCGCCUCUUCAAGAAGACUAGGAUUCAUUGUCUUUGUAGCUUUGAUGAUACAUAAAGCCCCUGCAGCAUUUGGCUUGACUUCCGCAUUGCUCAAACAAGGACUCUCGAAGCGAAGAGCGCGAAACCAUCUCAUAGUUUUCAGCCUGGCCGCGCCAAUAGGUGCACUGUUGACAUGGGCUCUGGUAAAUAUCUUCGAGGGAGGCACUGGUCAGAGCGAGCAUGGCACUCGAUUUUUCACUGGACUUCUACUCUUGUUUUCAGGAGGCACUUUCUUAUACGUGGCAAUGCAUGCUAUGCAAGAUACCAGACACGGCCAUGAUAUGGGAACUGCUAGUCCGAAUGGCUAUGGCGACCCUAACGUGUAUGAUGGGUAUCAGCCAUCUUCUAACAAGCAAGAGAGUCCUGUGCUCAGCGACACGUUAGCAGUAGUAGGAGGGAUGUUACUCCCAUUGUUGACUCAAGUUUUUGGACAUGGCCAUUGAUGUGGGCACAUUUAAUUAGAUUACGGCCUGAUAUUCGAAUCUCACGAUCUUUUGAUUAAUCAGGCAUGUUUAUGGGCACCUGGAUGAUGUUUUACCGAGAUCUGUGUGUGAGGCCUGACCUAGAUCUGAUUGUCUCAGACAAUGUUGCCAGUGAAGUUGGCAUCGCAACGGUUGACUCGAGUCUUGAUCUCGACCAACGACAAACUUCACAGAACAGUACAUGCAAGCAACAUGCAUUGUACGCGUAUAAGCACCCACAGCUCUUGUC